AUGAAAAUCCCAUAGUCCCGAAUUUACAAUUUCUCUAAUAAGACGUUUUUCUAUUUCGUAUUCAUCUUCAAUUUUCUAAAACCACAACAUGCCUCUGUGCCUAUGACUAUAAGAAAACAAAACAUAUAUUUCUUCUGAUGGGGCUCUGAACAGUGGAAUUUGCCAAAGUACAGUGGAACAGGGAGUUAUAAUAGAGGGUGCUGAACUGAAGAGCGGUGGUGACGCUGCUUCAUAGGAGAUGGAAGGCAGCUUCGAACAGACCCUACAAGAUGGGAAGCUUUAUAGGCAACUCAAUUCUCUCAUCGUUGCUCAUCUUCGCGACCACAACCUCACCCAGGCUGCAAGUGCUGCUGCUUCUGCGACAAUGACGCCUCUGAAUGUUGAUGUCCCGCGUAAUAAACUUAUGGAGCUUGUUGCAAAGGGUCUUGCGGUGGAGAAAGAUGAGACGUUAAGGGGGAAUUCUGCUUCUGCAUUGUACGAAUUUGGUUCAUCGGUGCCCACUUCAUAUGGGUCUGCACUGGCCUCUCGUACUUCUGCCAUCGACUUCAGCGCUGUGCAGGAUACAAAAGGGUCAUCGAAGAAUUUUCCAAAGCAUGAGACUCGACAUCUUUCGGAACAUAAGAAUGUUGCCAGAUGUGCAAGGUUCAGUCCUGAUGGGAGAUUUGUUGCCACUGGAAGUGCGGAUAUGUCAAUAAAGCUGUUUGAGGUGGCAAAGAUCAAGCAAAUGAUGCUGCCAGAUGCAAAAGAUGGUCCUGUCCGACCUGUUAUAAGGACGUUUUAUGAUCACAUUCAACCAAUAAAUGAUUUGGAUUUUCAUCCUCAGAAUACUGUUCUUAUAUCUGGUGCAAAAGAUCACACAAUAAAAUUCUUUGACUUCUCCAAAUUGACUGCAAAGAAAGCAUUCAGAGUUAUCCAGGAUACCCAUAACGUGCGUUCUAUAUCUCUUCAUCCCUCAGGAGAUUAUCUUUUAGCAGGAACGGAUCAUCCCAUUGCCCACCUAUAUGAUGUCAAUACUUUUCAGUGCUUUCUAUCUGCAAAUGUUCCGGAAAUAGGAAGUAAUGGAGCCAUAAAUCAGGUCAGGUAUUCAGCAACAGGUAGUAUGUAUGUCACUGCUUCAAAGGAUGGUGCGGUUCGUUUAUGGGAUGGAGUUAGUGCUAAAUGUAUCCGCCUAAUCGCCAGUGCACAUGCCGCAGCUGAGGCAACCAGUGCAAAAUUUACAAAAGAUGAAAGGUUCGUUCUUUCUUGUGGGAAGGACUCCACUGUAAAGCUUUGGGAUGUGGGGACGGGGAGACUGGUCAAACAAUAUGUUGGAGCUACCCAUAUGCAAUUGAGAUGUCAGGCUGUCUUCAAUGAUACUGAGGAAUUUGUGCUAUCGAUAGACGAGCCGAGCAAUGAGAUCGUUAUUUGGGAUGCUCUGACAGCAGAGAGAGUAGCAAGGUGGCCCUCGAACCACGUUGGCGUGCCCCGGUGGCUCGAGCACUCACCAACAGAGUCGGCCUUCAUUUCCUGCGGGACCGAUAAAUCGAUACGCUUUUGGAAGGAAUCCCUCUAGUCUCCAGUCUCCAGUCUCCAGUCUCCAGUACAGAGAAAAGAAUGAGGAUUGUUCCAUCAUCCAAUCCAAGAUGGACUGAAUAAUGCGUGAAAUAGGCAAAGAUUAAAUCUUGAUCACUACUCUAUUUCAUGAAUUCUUGAAAAGAGAUGGAAAAGCCUCCUUGCUGUGAUGGGCCCUCACUCUCUAUUUAAUCAAUGGGCCAAAGCCCAGUAAGUCAGGGCUAUGUGGGCUUUGACAGUAUAAAUGGCCAAGGCCCAAUAAUUAUUUUGAUUUGCACAUUCAACUCAUGAAGGUCAAGGACCUCUUAGUAAUCUGAAUUAAAUUUAGAAACUA